AUGUCGCAAGAAUUUAUUGAAUUAGUUCGACGUGGGAACCGAGCCGUUCAUGUGAACCCACCCAAGGAUUUGGAUGUUCAUUUAACAGAACACGGUUCAGAUUGGCUUUGGUCCGUAUAUUCAGUAUUUGGUGUAUUGGCAGUCAUGUAUGCCACAUUUUUUUUUUACCAACAAUUGAAAGGUGGUAGACAAUUGAUUAGAUAUACACUAGCGGGACCCUUUUUAAUUUCAAUUUUCCAAUUUUUCCAAUAUUUCACUUACGCUUCGAAUUUGGGGUGGACAAACAUCCAAGCAGAAUUUAGAGGAGAAGAUGUAUCAAGACCAGUGACAAACAUGUAUCCAAAUGUAAGACAAAUUUUUUACGCUAAAUAUGUGGCAUGGUUUUUAUGCUGGCCAAUCCAAAUUUUCCUUUUAGAAUUAGCAGGUAUCACAAUCGAUCAUCAAGGUGAAGUACUUUCAUGUUGGGCCCUUAUCCAUUCCAUCUUGGUUCAGAUUAUUGGAUAUGAAUAUUGGAUAAUUGCAUUAUUAGUUGGGUCACUUAUCCAUUCAACUUACAAAUGGGGGUAUUGGGUUAUGGGAGUCUUUGUCCUACUUUGUACUCUAGGGAUCCAAUGUAAACGUCAAGUGUUUGAAUUGAAAAUCCGUGGGUUUUCCCUUGCCAUGUAUUUGACAGCCAUUAUUGUCACUUUAUUGUAUAAUGUUUCCUGGGGUUUAUCCGACGGAGGUAAUGCAAUUAGUCCCAAUGGAGAAGCGGUUUUUUAUGGAGUCCUUGAUGAAUGUGUCUUUGCCAUAUGGACCGGUUAUCUGUGCUUUGUCACGUGCCGCUACGGUGAAUGGCCCGAAGUGGAAACUGGCAUGUUGUCCGAUCCUCGUCACAUGCCUGGCGCACCCGAAAAGCAUUUGCCUGACUCCGCUUCUACGUCAGGUUCUGAGACUGCUGGUUCUGGUUCUGGUUCUACACCAGCUUCUAGGGGGUCACGCCGCUCUGCACCCACUUCUGAGGCCUCGUCGCACGUGACGGCAGAGUCGCCGAGAGAGUCGGGUGAUACCGAAUUCGGCAAUCAUAGCCCGGAAGGCAGGCCUGCAGGGUCUUCUGUGGGUGCGGCGUCGCCUGCAGAGUCGCCUGUGGCGGCCUAG